AUGUCCACUUCUGCAGGGAAUAGUUUGCGAAUUGCGCUUUGCCAGGUCCGAGUCGACCCCGACAAGCGUGUUGCCUUGGCAAACGCACAGCACUGGGUCGAACGUGCUGUGCAGGAAGGUGCCAAGCUGGUUGUUCUCCCCGAGUGCUUCAAUUGCCCCUACGACACGAGUUGUUUCCCAAAGUACGCGGAACCCUUGCCCCGUCCAGGAACAACUGCGGCACCAUGCGAUACCAGUGUCAGUGAGACAGCGGGCGUGCUCCAGAAGCUUGCCCGUGCUCAUGGAAUCUACCUGGUGGGAGGCUCCGUUCCAGAGCGUUCUCCCGAUGACCAGCGCAUCUACAAUACUUCGCUCACCUUUGGCCCCGGGGGCGAACUACUCGCUCGCCAUCGCAAGGUACACUUGUUCGAUGUGGAUGUGCCGGGUGGCAUUCGGUUCCGCGAGUCCGAUGUUUUGAGCGCAGGCGAUAGCCUCACAAGCUUCGCACUUCGGGACGGUAUCGAUUCGGAGCCGAAUGCCAACGCUGGCUUGCGGGUCGGUGUCGGCAUCUGCUACGAUAUCCGCUUCCCCGAGAUGGCCACCGCGAUGGCCCGGGAACCACACAAUGCGAAGCUACUCAUCUAUCCCGGCGCGUUCAACAUGACAACGGGUCCAGCGCACUGGGAGCUCUUGAUCCGGGCCAGGGCACUCGACAACCAGGUAUUCGUCGGUGCCUGCUCGCCAGCACGCGACCUGAGUGCGACGUAUACCGCGUAUGGGCACAGCAUGAUCGCUUCGCCAUGGGGUGAAGUGAUUGCGCGGACGGAUGAGCGUGAGUCGCUUGUUGUGGCGGAUAUCGACUUGAAUCGUCUGGAACAGGUACGAAAUGCGAUCCCUGUGCGCAAACAGCGUCGGCCAGAGGUUUACAAUACAGCGCAGAAGGCUGCGGAAAAUACCGCUACGUGA